AUGUUAACAGGAGGACAAGCCCGAUUGGUUAACAGUGUAAGACGACUGUACUCGUCGAGUACGGAUAUUCUGCGGCGGUUUCCGGACCUCAGACCGUCCGACGUGCUGAGCAACGGCCGUCCCGACUACGUCAAGAUGAUCUUAACGUCUCGAGUGUAUGACAUUAUUGACGAAUCGCCGAUCACCACGGCCUCGUCUCUGUCUGUCAAGACCAACUCUACCGUCAUUCUCAAGAGAGAGGACCUGCUUCCUGUUUUUUCGUUCAAGCUCCGUGGUGCUUACAACAUGAUCGCUCAUUUAUCAGACGAGCGGAAAAGCAAGGGAGUUAUUGCAUGUUCUGCCGGAAACCAUGCGCAGGGAGUUGCGUUUUCCGCCAAGCAGAUCGGUAUUCCUGCCACAAUUGUGAUGCCUGUGGCUACUCCAUCGAUCAAGUUUAAAAACGUGAGCAGAUUGGGUUCCAGAGUGGUUUUGUAUGGUGACGAUUUCGAUUCUGCCAAAGCAGAGUGCGAGAGACUCACAGUCGAGCAAGGAAUGACCAACAUUCCUCCUUUUGAUCAUCCAUAUGUGAUUGCUGGUCAAGGAACUAUUGGUAUGGAGCUGUUGAGACAGAUCAAGAGCAACAAGCUGAGUGCUGUUUUCGUUGCUAUUGGAGGAGGAGGGCUGAUUGCCGGUAUCACGGCUUAUUUGAAGCGACUUGCUCCGCACGUCAAGAUCAUUGGUGUGGAGACGUUCGACGCCGACGCGAUGAGACAGUCGCUCGAGAAGGGCGAGAGAAUUAGACUCGAUUCUGUUGGUGGUUUUGCAGACGGAACCGCAGUCAAGAUCGUUGGAGCAGAGACGUUUGCUGUCUGUCAGGAGUUUGGUGUUGACGAAAUAGUCCGUGUCAACACCGACGAGAUCUCGGCUGCCAUCAAGGACGUGUUUGAAGACACCCGGUCUGUUUUGGAGCCAUCUGGAGCUCUCACGGUUGCAGGUCUGAAAAGAUAUGUGGAAAACCACCCGGAGAUCGACCAUUCCACACAGACAUACGUUCCUGUUCUUUCUGGAGCCAACAUGAACUUCGACAGACUGAGAUUUGUCAGCGAGAGAGCCGUUCUUGGUGAAGGUAAGGAGGUUUUCCUCACUGUUCAAAUUCCAGACAGACCAGGAACGUUUAAGCAGCUAAACAAGAUCAUUGAUCCCAGAAAUGUGACCGAGUUCUCUUAUAGAAUUUCUGUGGAUUCUGAAGAGACCGGUUUGGCUAACAUCUUCACUUCUUUCUCCGUUAUUGACAAAAAUAAGGAAACCGCUAAAGUUUUGAAAGAAUUGGAAGAGGUCGGAUUCAAGGCCUACGACCUCACAGACAACGAGAUGGCCAAGAGUCAUGGAAGAUACCUUGUGGGAGGUAAAGUGCAUGUUCCUGGCGAGCGGAUCAUUUCGUUCGAGUUCCCAGAUCGUCCUGGUGCCCUGACCAAGUUUUUGUCCUCCAUGGAGAUGAAUUGGAAUUUGACCUUGUUCCAUUAUCGUAACCAUGGCGAUGAUGUUGGCAAGGUUUUGGCGGGUAUUUGUGUUCCUGAAGAGGACAAUGCCAAGUUCGACAAGUUCCUGAACGAAUUGGGCUACAAAUAUAAUGAGGAGACCGACAACUUGGUUUUCAAGACUUUCUUAACUAGACUGUACCAUAACAUUCCCAAAGAGGAAAGAAUACUAACUGUUGCAAAUGGGGGUGUUACCAAACCAAAGCGGCGGCCAGCUGAGGAUUUGAACCCGGCCAGACUCUCCACGGUAUUCAACACUAUACCCCCCGAUCCCAACGCCAGAGUGUUGUUUUGUCUUUCUUCAACGCAUUUCCCAUUGAAUCUACCCUUUGAGACUUUUGAACUGCUCAAAGACCGUUCUUUGGACCUCAAGAACGUCACUUUUGUUCUCACUAUGGCAGACAAGAUCUUGGAACAAGACACUGCCCUGCAUCUCGACCAACAACAACACAUCUUCCACCACUCGCUCAACAAAUACCUUUCUCUGCGCUCGUCAGAAGUCAUAGAUCGUGCCAACGUCGCCGUCACAAGCACUCACCACCCUGAAUCCAUCACCCGACUGUUUGAAAAAUUGAUCCAGUCGGAGAAAAACGUCACCUACUAUGUCGUUGGCGAAACAAACACAGGAAAGAGCACGCUUGUACAGAAACUGUUGAUCGAGGGAAAAGAUUUCCUGGAGUCUCCAGCUGUCCCCAAAGCGUCGCCUAAAGCCUGUACCACAAGAAAUAACCAUACAUAUAUCAGUCCAUCUUUUGGACUAUCGUUUGUGGAUACUCCGGGGUUUGUUCCCAAAUCCAACAGCAUUUACCAGGUUUUGCGGCCAACUUUCCGCAUAAACGUCUUGAACCAGGCAACACUGAACAAUAUUCGCCGGGUUCACUUCCGAUCCAGACCAAAAGGUAAAACCGUGGGGAUGGGACCUUUUCUUGCAUUGCAACUAGCUACGGAUUGGCAAUUGAUAUAUUUCAAGAAGUCCAUGUGGGGGCCAAGAAAAAGAUACAAGUCUUUCUAUUUGUGGAAACGAGCCAUGACUACUGGAAGGUAUGUGUUUGACUGCGAAUGGACCUAUUACAAGAUUGCCAAGUGUGAGCAUCCAUGUGAUCUGAUUGUGAGCAACGCUGGACUUGUCAGAUUAGAACAAAUCCCCGAAAACAUUGUGGCUUGCGUGCCUACAUGCGUGGAUAUUAUUCAGAGGGUAUAUACUCCCGAAGGAGAGGUUUUCAUUUGCUCCUCCCACGGCGGCCAUAGCCAGAUACGAGAACAUCCACAAGACACCGAAACCUCCUUUCCAACUUUUGUUCAUUGGGAUUUGGAAAGCUGCGUUCAAACAACUGUAACCAAGAGAAACGAGCAAGAAGGUGACCUGGGACUGCACCAUUCUGUACCCAAUAUAGCUUUUUGGUUUCAGAUGCGAGGCAACAUUUUGGUUCAGUUUCUGGAACCAUGUGACCUGGAAAAAGGUGAUGAUGAUAAUGUAGAUAAGACCCACUUGAAGAGGUGCCAAGACCACGGUGUUGGUGACCUUCUUUCCGUCAAUGUACUCGACGGUUGGGGUAUUUGUAAGAAUAGAUGUGUUUUGCAGCUUAGCAAACUGGUCUGGUGUAAGACUUGGCUUGACAAACUGGUUUUGUCCGUUCAAGUCUCUUCCUGUUUCGUAAUAGCAUCUGACCAAAGACGAGGUGUUGAGGUCGGACCCGUUUUCAAUGGCCUCGACCAGUUGACGAGAAACGUCGUUACUGGAAACGUAGAUAGCAGCCCAGUAUUUCUGUUUGUACACCUUGUCGACGAUUUCGUCGUCGCUAGUGAAGUUGUGUGGCUCCCAUCCAAGAAGGGUUUCCAGUUCCGGCAACUGGAUGGUUUCGAGAAUGGCCUGCGACAACGGAUAGUCGGAAUUAUUAACAUCGGCACCUUGCUCAAUAGCAACCAAGACCUUCAAGUUGACAAACCGGUUCUGACGACCAUACAUGGACCCCCAGUAGAUGGAAAAGGCGCUUAA